CGUAGCAAGCGGUAGUUUCUAGUGUCGGUGCUUUCGAAGUUUAUUUUGCGGUUGCUGCUGCAGCAGUUGAACGUGUAGUGUGGCUUUUCGAUAUACUUCUAUUGUUUAUUAUCUUCGCUGUCGAUUUUAGAUAGGUGGCCUGAUGCCUCUUCCACCAGCCCUCCUAGCAAGAUUGAAGAAACGGGGGAUUGUAAAAGCCAGUGAAGCCGAACCGUCGGCCGCUGAUCAGCCAGAGGAAGAGGUCAUCGCUGAAGACUACGAUGACAUCAGUCGACCUGUGGGAGGUGGCGAGACUCGAGUAGGCGGGCCCAUCCCAGGAUGCCCGAACAAGUGGAACUUGUACCAUGAAUGCAGUGCAUUCUGCCAACAGCAGUGGGGUGCUGGCAAAUUGAAGGAGUCCCCGCACACCGAGCGCAAGCGCUUGCGUAUGCUGCGAAAGUACCCGCUGCCAGAGGGCUGGAGUGAGCUGUACGAUCCCGGCACGGGCAGGCACUAUUACUGGAGGCAGGGGAGCGAGGACGUCACCUGGAUGCCACCUCGGCACCCAAGGGCAAAGAUUUCGCUGCCAGCUGAGAAGCUCCGAGAACUCAUAUCUGAUGCUGAUGAUGGUCAGGAACUGGACAGUGCUGGCUCAGAAGAAGACAUGCUAGAUGACGAUGAGGUUCCACUUCCACCCCGGCGCUCUCGUGAGUCUGCGAACUCUCAUAAAGGGUCAUCUCAUGGCCGUUCAGACCGUCGUGGUGACCGAUCGCGCAGCAAUGACCUUGACCCCAUGGAUCCUGCUGCAUACUCGGACGUUCCACGGUACAAAACAAGCUAUCAAUUUUGGCACCAUUCUUUUUUUUUUUUUCUUAGCAUAUUAUAUUGACUACAUGUAUUCAUUCUUUAAU